AUGACAGAUAGAUCCUCUGAUGAGUGGAAUGAAUGUGAUGAAAAUAUAUCAGUCGCAUAUCGUAAACAUGAAAUGCGAUCGGACGCUUGUUCAGACAUGUCCGAUCCGGCACCGUUCCGUGCCCAAACUUGUCCGAGCUCGGGCAGAAAAUCAUAUGAAUCUACAACUUGUAAAGGCUGUUUGGCAAUCACUAACUUCUUUUAUCUGAUAAUAUUGUUAGAUUCAAAUAAUGGUAAAAACGAUAGUUUUGAUUUAUGGGCAUACCAUUCUGCAAUUGCAACGAGUCAAAUUCAAAGGAGAACGCAACCCAUAAGUCAAGAGAUUUAUGAAUAUUUACAAAAGCCAGUUGUUCCUGUAAAUUCAAACCCCCUAGAAGUUUGGGAAGUUCUUAAGACCAUGCAUCCUAAUUUAUACACUAUUGCUAAGGAAAAGUUGUUCAUUAUAGCAACUUCCGUUCCUUCUGAACGUCUAUUUUCAAAAGCCGGAGCAACGAUUAGCAAAUCACGAAACCGACUCAUAGCAAUAACUGUGAAUAAGAAGCCCACAUUGUAACAACUCAUGAGUCAUGAAUAUUAAUGCCAAGUAAUGUAACGAAUAUGCGCGAACAUUAUAGAUUUGAUAAUUGUUCUAUUAUUUUUAAAUAUGGGCAUUAAGUAUAAAAUAAUUUUAAAAAAGUUAAACA